AUGCCCGCCAAUGCCCAUGCCGUUUCGACAAAAAUUAUAAUGCUAGCGAUCUAUGAUAUGAGACUUUGCGAUCAUUCUAUGCAUUCUAAAGUGGAGCUCAAGUUUCAUGUGAUGAGAAUCCAAGCUACCGCGUCCGAGGACAAAGAAUCGGGGGGAACAAGGGAGUAUGUAGCAGUCCCGGAACAUCAAAUUGCAGUUGAAGAUGAAGUUCAACAUGAUCAUACACCCAUGAUCAAUUCCAGGUAUCUUUUCGCGAGCUUAACAAUACCGCGUGCACACAAGGGGCUUUGCUUAAGGUUAAUUAUGAGUUCAGAACUAUUGAAAUGUUCAAGAGAUCCUGAUAAACAAAAACAGAUUGGUAAAAAUAAAGGAUUAGGAAAAGAGUAA